AUCACUACACAGACACAGCCGGAGAAGGAGCACUGAGAGCAGCAUGGAGGAGAACAAAAAGACCCCUGGAGCUCAGAAGGCGAAAGGAAGAGAGAGAUGUCACAGCUGUCAGCAAUGUGACAAAUCCUUUACAACAUCUGGAGAUUUAAAGCGCCACCUGCGUAUUCACACUGGAGAAAAACCGUACAGUUGUGAACAGUGUGGGAAAACGUUCACUAGCUCAGGUGAUCUCAAAAGACAUCACCGUAUUCACACGGGAGAGAAACCGUACAGCUGUGAAGAGUGUGGGAAAACAUUCACUGGAUCAAAUCAUCUCAAAAGACAUCACCGUAUUCACACUGGAGAAAAACCAUACAGCUGUGAAGAGUGUGGGAAAACUUUCACCACAUCAGGUGAUCUCAAAACACAUCACCGUAUUCACACAGGAGAUAAACCGUACAGCUGUGAAGAGUGUGGGAAAACUUUUGCCAGAUCACAUCAUCUCAAAACACAUCAACGUAUUCACACAGGAGAGGAACCUUACAGCUGUGAAGAGUGUGGGCAAACGUUCACGACAUCAGGUGAUCUCAAAACACAUCACCGUAUUCACACAGGAGAUAAACCGUACAGCUGUGAAGAGUGUGGGAAAACUUUUGCCAGAUCACAUCAUCUCAAAACACAUCAACGUAUUCACACAGGAGAGGAACCUUACAGCUGUGAAGAGUGUGGGCAAACGUUCACGACAUCAGGUGCUCUCAAAACACAUCAACUUGUUCACACUGGAGAGAAACCUUACUGGUGUGAGGAGAUGCUCUUUUCUCCCUAACCCAUCAUGUAUUUUCCUAAAUCUUUUUAUGUUCUAACCAGCGUUCACACUAUGCCAAAACAAGGCCUCAGAGAUGCUGUUUCUCCCGAUGUCCUUCAAAUCAUUGUUCUACUAUGCUAUGUUUCAACCAUGGUUUUCUAAUAGUCUUGUUAUUCCUUUUAUAAAAUAAUAUAUGUCCAGGAUUAAACUGCUAGCCUCGUUUAGCUGCAUUGAAGGCAUUUAGUUUCAUUGUUCAUUAAUAUGCCGAGUAGUUUUGGUUAAUCAAAUGUUGUGACUCUAAACUUUGAUUGGGAUGUUUUGAUAGUUUCUUUUGAGUUAGCAGUCUGUUCUGGUCUAAAAGAACCAAUGAUGAAUGUAUCUAGAAAAUAUUUACAAUCUUUUCAGUUUGAUCCUGUUCUCUUUUAUUUAAAUUAUCAGAAUGUACCAAAAUAAAAAAGGCCUUAGAAACAGA